AUGGAUAUUACCGUUGCCUUCUUGUACCUUUUUCUUUUUUCCAAACCAGUUUUGGCUAUCGGGUCAGAUCAAGACUACCAAAUUGAUAUAAUCAAUGAGCUUGACUUGGCGAAUGCCACCUAUGGAAUUACUCAAGUGCCCGGGCUUCACAACAGCAGCAAAGCUUUCGUUUUUCGAGAUGUUGGGAGAGCAAUUCAAGCCCCGGCACACAGCACAGAGAAAGUCAUACAGCUAUUCAGGAGAAAAAGUGAAUUUACCUUUUUGGCCUCCAUCCAACAGAAGUCCUCAACAUCGGGUGUCAUAUUCUCAAUCCAUGAGGCAGAACACAGCUACUUUGAGUUGGAGAGCAGUGGUGUUAGGGAGGAGAUUCGAUACCACUACCGUUUCAAGGGCAAGCCACGUUCUGAGUCCUUCCCCUACCGUCUUGCCGAUGGACAGUGGCACAAAAUUGCCCUCACUAUCAGCUCCUCCCACCUACUACUGCACGUCGAUUGUAACAGAAUUUAUGAGCGAGUUAUAGACCCUCCUCAGAUGGAACUCACCCCAGGAAGUGGAGUGUGGCUGGGCCAGCACAGCCACAAGCAUGGACUAUUCAAGGGCAUAAUCCAAGAUGUGAAGUUUGUUUUUGCGCCCAACGGCUACAUCACCCAAUGUCCAAACCUUAAUCGUAGCUGCCCAACCUGCAGUGAUUUCUUGAGUCUAGUGCAAGGCAUUAUGGACCUGCAGGACCUCCUUGCCAAGAUGACACUCAAGUUAAAUUACGCCGAGACCAGACUUACCCAGCUCGAGGGAUGUCACUGUGAGAAGACCUGCAGUGCCAAUGGUUUUGUCUACAAGGAUAAAGAGCUGUGGGUGGAGCCGGAAAAUUGCAGGAACUGUGCAUGUAAGAACGGAGUAGUAGAGUGUCGCAGGAUUUUCUGUCCUCCUUCAAAUUGCUCAGAAGAAUCAUUACCAGUGCAUGUGGAUGGGACUUGCUGUAAGAAAUGCAGACCGAAAUGCAGUUACAUGGGGCAGGUGUUUUCUGAGGGUCAACGAUUUUUAUCCAGGAGUUGCAGGGAAUGCAAGAAUGGCCUGAUGGUGAGAGUUUCAGAAACCUGUCCAGAGCUCAACUGUUCUGUCAGUGAGCAGAUAUUAAGGGAUGGGAGAUGCUGCAAUGUUUGCCAAGGUUAUGACUUCUGCGCCGAGGGAAUCAUCUGUGGGGAAAAUUCUUUUUGUAAAAACCAGGAGACGAAAGCGGUGUGUGAAUGUAAGAGUGGCUAUGCUUCUAUUCACGGAGAUUCUACUUACUGUGAAGAUAUUGAUGAGUGUGCAACGCAGAUGCAUUAUUGCCAGUCCAACACAGUGUGUGUCAACCUGCCCGGCAGCCAUCGGUGUGACUGUUUGCAGGGCUUCACCCGGGUGGAUGAAUACUCCUGUACUGAGCAUGAUGAGUGUGCCAACAGCCAGAACUCCUGUGAUGAGAAUGCCAUCUGCACCAACACUAUUCGAGGACACCUGUGCACCUGCAAGCCAGGCUAUGUUGGAAAUGGUACCAUCUGUAGAGCUUUCUGUGAGGAGGGGUGCCGUAGUGGCGGGACAUGUGUGUCUCCCAACACAUGUGUUUGUCCUUCAGGAUUCACAGGACACUAUUGUGAGACAGAUAUCAACGAGUGUGCGGAGGGCCUGAUUGAGUGUCACAACCAUUCCCGCUGUGUGAACCUCCCUGGCUGGUACCACUGUGAAUGCAGAACUGGUUUCCAUGACAAUGGCUCCUAUCUGCUUGAUGGUAGCUCAUGCAUUGACAUCGAUGAGUGCAGUAUGCAGAAGCACACCUGCUGGAAUGACAGUGAGUGUGUGAAUCUACCAGGAGGCUACGACUGCAUAUGCACGUCAGGUCCAGGUUGCACUGGAGACUGCCCACAGGAAGAUGGCAUCAGAAGGAACAGAGAAGACUGGAAACCCAGUUAUGACUUCUGCACAAUUUGUUCAUGCAAGGAUGGGCAGACGUAUUGUAGAAGAAAACCAUGCGACUGUGGGAACCCAGAGGAGGAUGUGUUCUGCUGUCCCAGUUGUGACAACAGACCCAGCAGCCAGUGUUUGGACCAGAGUGGCCGUACACUCUACCGAAGCGGCGCAUCCUGGCUCUAUGGCUGCCAGCAGUGCCGCUGCAUGGAGGGAGAAGUGGACUGUUGGCCUCUGGUUUGUCCGGUGCUUGUGUGCGAGUACACAGCAGUGGCAGAGGGUGAAUGUUGCCCACGUUGCGUCACAGACCCCUGCCUAGCCGACAGUCUGUCCUAUGACAUCCGACAAACGUGUCCGGACCAUGCGGGCAUCACUCGCCUCAGCGGGGACACAUGGCAGAUGCCCAACUCACCUUGCACCGGCUGCAUGUGUAAAAAUGGAAAUGUCUGCUGUUCAGUGGAUCUCGACUGCCUUCAAAACAACUGA